AUGUCAGCUACUCAGAAGUGGAAAGUCCCACCGUCGGGCGUCUGGGCCCCGGCCGUGACGCUCUUCGACCCGGACACGGACAAGCUCGUGCUCGAGGACCAGAAAAAGUACUACGCGCAUCUGUCCAGGUCAGGGUUGGCGGGGCUGGUGGUGCUGGGUACCAACGCCGAGACCUUCCUGCUGACGCGCGAGGAGCGCCGACAGCUGCUCGAGACGGCGCGGCAGGCCGUCGGGCCGGGGUUCCCCAUCAUGGCCGGAUGCGGCGGGCACUCGACGGCGCAGGUGCUCGAGUUCCUGCGCGACGCGGCCGACGCCGGAGCCGACAGCGCGCUCGUGCUCCCGCCCGCCUACUUCGGCAAGGCGACGACGCCUGCCGUCGUCGAGCGCUUCUUCGCCGACGUCGCCGCCAGCACGCCGCUGCCCAUCGUGCUGUACAACUUCCCGGGCGUCUGCAACGGCGUCGACCUCGACUCGGACCUGAUCGCCGCCCUGGCGCGCCGCCACCCGCAGGUCGUGGGCGUCAAGCUGACCUGCGGCAGCGUCGCCAAGAUUGUGCGCCUGGCCGCCGAGCUCCCGGCCGACGAGUUCGCCGUCUUUGGCGGCCAGUCGGAUUUCCUGCUGGGCGGGCUGGCGUCGGGCAGCGCGGGCUGCAUCGCGGCGUUUGCAAACGUCUUCCCGCGGUCGCUGGCUCGAGUCUACGACCUGUGGCGGGAGGGCAGGGCCGACGAGGCCAUGCGGCUACACAAGACCGCCGCGCUGGCCGAGAGGCCCUGCAAGAGCGGCAUCGCCAUGACCAAGUACGCCGCCGCUGUGUUUUCGGCCAGCAGGGCCGGCGUCGACGAUGCCGAGCGCAAGAUGCUCCCGCGGAGGCCGUAUCUGGGACCCGGCGAGGCCGACAAGGCCAAGUGUCGCGAUGUCAUGGCUGAGCUGGCAAAGAUUGAGGAUGAUCUGGCGAGCAAGUCUGCAGGCGCAAUAGCCGCUUUCACCAUUGACCUCCUCGUCUAUCCACUCGAUACUCUCAAGACACGGUAUCAAAGCCAAGAUUACCUAGACACGUUCAAAAAGUCGGGGUCUUCCUCGGCGAUUGUCAAAAAUGUACCAAAAGGUACAUUUAGAGGUCUGUAUCAGGGCGUGGGCAGUGUCAUCAUAGCAACUUUGCCUGCAGACUUCUCCAAGGCUCUCCCCGAGGGUGCGCCGAGUCCUCUCAUCCACGCGCUUGCGUCUGGGACUGCCGAGCUGGCCUCGUGCGCGGUCCUCACGCCUGCCGAGGUGAUCAAGCAGAAUGCCCAGAUGAUACGAAGCGGUUCUGGCAGCAGUGGCGGUAACAGUACUAGCAGUAGUAGUAGCAGCAGCAGCAGCAGCAGCAAAAGCACGUCCCUCCAGGCGUUCCGAAUGCUACAACGCUCCGAGGGCGGGGCGUGGCGCCGCUUGUGGACGGGCUACACUGCCCUGGCGGCUCGGAACCUCCCAUUCACGGCGAUGCAGUUCCCCAUGUUCGAGUACGUCCGGGCAACCAUCUGGCGGCAACGGGACGACAGGCGCACUUCGCGCAAGGAGGCCGGCGGCAUCGAGGAGGGCCAGGGCCUGCUGGAGACUGGACUCGUCAACGGCUCCAGCGCGGCACUGAGCGGGUCGGUUGCGUCGGUCUUGACGACGCCGACAGACGUUGUCAAGACGCGCAUGAUGCUGAUGGCGGGGAACCAGAAUUCCAGCAGCAGCGGUGGACUCCAGAUAGCCAGGGACGUCUACCGGGAAAUGGGAGUGCGUGGGCUGUUUCGCGGCGGUUUAUUCCGAGCCGGGUGGACGGCACUGGGUAGCGGGUUGUACCUGGGGACGUACGAGGUUGCAAAGGUCUGGCUCAAAGGCGACAAAGGUACAGACAAGGAUGAAGGCAGUAUAUAA